AGAGGAGGCGAGGCUCUGCUGAGGGUGACAGAGACUGAUGGACAAGGACCUGAUGUGCUUCUCCCUCCUCCUCCUCCUUCUCCCCAUCCUCCUCCCUCCUCCCUCUUCCCAUCUUGGGUGGUUCUCCUAAGCAAACUCCACUCGCUCUCCAAACGUGAAUCCUUAAGAAGCGCUGCGGUGAGAGGUGUGAUGUCAGGCCUGAGCUCUCACAGCUCUCCAGACGAGUUUAAAGGGAGGGUUGAGGAGAGGAGAGGGCAAUGCUGAAAACUUCUGUGAAGCACAGAGCCCGCCACCAGAACCCCCACAAGAUCACAUCCUAUAAACAGUGUGUGUCUAGAGCUGUCUUUGGACAUGGAGUCGAAAACUGAUGGUGGACCAGCUUCAUUGACCAGUGAAGAACUGGCUGCCAUUGAGGAUGAAGAGGUUCUAAACAAGAUGCUGGACAAUGCAACAGAUUUUGAGGAGAGAAGAAUGAUUCGUGCUGCGUUGAGGGACCUGCUCAAGAAAAAGAGAGAUAAACGGGAGGAGGAACGAGGGUCGAGGCAGCAGGACUUGAGACAGCAGGGCCUGAGCAAAGGAGGGACAACGGGCGGAGGUGUUAGUGUGGGCAGAGCGUCCAUGAACCAGCAGCCGUCAAUUAACAAACCAACAGGGCAGCCCUCUCCAUCUGCCUCCACUCCCUUCAACAGGACAUCAGGCAGCAAGGCCAGUCCCACUGCAGCCUCAGCCCAGAAAUGUCCUCCUGCUACAGCACCCAAUGCUAAAAAUGUCAAACAGAUGCUUCUGGAUUGGUGCAGGGCCAAGACAGAGCCAUAUGAGGGGGUGGACAUUCAGAACUUCUCCUCAAGUUGGAAAGACGGCAUAGCCUUCUGCGCCCUGGUGCACCGGUUCUUCCCUGACGCAUUUGAGUAUUCCAUCCUCAAUCCCAACAAGCCCAGGGAUAACUUCCAGCUGGCCUUCAGCACCGCAGAGAGGCUGGCAGGCUGCCCCCCUCUGCUGGACGCUGACGAUUUAGUCCGGAUGAAAGAGCCCGACUGGAAGUGUGUGUACACAUACAUCCAGGAGUUCUACCGCUGCCUGGUGGAGAAAGGCCUGGUCAAAACCAAAAAGCGGCUGUAGACACUUGUGAAGUCAGGCACUCACUUACAUGACUCGCUGUGAUACCACUUUUUAAAAUUAAAACACACAUUAGCACAAGAUGAUGACAAAAAGAUAGCUUUUUUCAAGUGAAUAUUUACAUUUUGUCUAUUAUCCUAGCUUUGCCACGAGGGAAAAGGUUAAGUAUUUGAUGUGUCGAGCUGAUGCACCAUAUGGACGAGAACGCACAGUGCAGUGUUUGUACUGGUUUGUGUGUUAGCAGGGACUUAUGGGUGUCUAUGUGCUCUCAGUGGACAGCUGGCGCUUAGGAUCAGUACAUUCCACUGAGAUUACACAUCUGUAUUAAUCCCAGUCAGAGCCAUAGAGAAUCUGGGAACAAAUUUUAUGAUGAUGCUGUUGUGGGGCCUGACUGUCUGAGUAUUAAAGAUACAUUUAAUAAAUAUCCAUUCUAUUAUUA